AAUCUUUUACUUUUUUUUUCUUUUGAACCACACAAUCUUUUACUCUUUCUUCCCAACUGAUUCCGUUUUUUAAUCACUUCACAUUCCCAACUGAUUCAAAUGGAAGAUAGCUCGUAGUAAAUUUGAUAAAGGUGACAGCAUAAUAUACUAUUAAUAAAGAGACACUUAAAAAGACAGCUCCACCUUCAUCUUCCUCGUUAGCCCUUCUUCAACUUCUCUCACCUAACUUCACCACUUUCUAUCUCUCUCUCUCCUCUUUGAGCAAGAAACAAAAAUUGAAGUGAUAAUUACAAACCACCAACUAAAAAAAAACCCUUUCUUCAAUUCAACUCUACGCGUCGCUUAGUACCCAAAAAGUAUUAAUAAUAUUUGGAGUUUCCCAUUAUUUUCCCAACAGCAUCAUUAAUUACCCAUUACUAAUCCCCAUUUAGGUUUUGUCUGAAAAUUUCCCUUUAAAGAUUGUUUCUUUAUCAGCCUUUGAUUUUGACAUCCAUCACUGUUCCUCCCCUUGAGAGAGUACCCAUCACUCCAAGAUUUGAUUUUUAUAGGAUUAUCCUUGACCAAAGAUGGCGAAAGUACUCAACUCGACCCAAUCAUGUCGUUUCCCUUCACCCUCAAGCUCCUCCUCUUCUACAUCAUGCGGAGGAGUCAAUGAUGGUAACAGAGACCCACAUUCUCUUUUUAACAUUUCUCGCGAGGAAGAGGAAGAAGAAGAGGAGAGAAGCGAGAAAGAGGAAGAAAGAUUCGAGCUUUCGUCUGCAUUGGAGAUUCUCGUCUCUGCAAUAAGAAGGUCUGUGAUUGGUGGGUGUGUUGGUGAAGAGGAUCUUUGUUCAAUGGAGAUUGGUGUUCCUUCAGAUGUUAGACAUGUCGCUCAUGUCACCUUUGAUCGUUUCCAUGGCUUCCUUGGCUUGCCUGUUGAGUUUGAACCUGAAGUCCCUAGACGAGCUCCUAGUGCAAGUGCAACCGUGUUUGGAGUCUCAACUGAGUCAAUGCAACUAUCUUAUGAUACUAGAGGCAACAUUGUGCCUACAAUACUCUUGAUGAUGCAGAGUCACUUGUACAGUAGAGGCGGCUUGCAGGUAGAAGGAAUAUUCAGAAUUAAUGGUGAGAAUGGUCAAGAGGAGUACACAAGAGAAGAGUUGAACAAAGGUGUUAUACCAGAUAACAUAGAUGUACAUUGCUUGGCAAGUCUCAUUAAGGCUUGGUUUAGGGAACUUCCAACUGGUGUACUGGACUCACUCUCACCAGAGCAAGUCAUGGAGUCUGAAACCGAAGAUGAGUGUGCGGAGCUUGUGAAGCUUCUCCCUCCAACAGAAGCUUCUUUGUUAGAUUGGUCAAUCAACCUGAUGGCAGACGUUGUGGAGAUGGAGCAUCUCAACAAGAUGAAUGCUCGAAACAUCGCUAUGGUUUUCGCACCCAACAUGACUCAGAUGUUGGAUCCACUGACAGCUCUGAUGUAUGCUGUGAAAGUCAUGAACUUUCUGAAGACACUAAUAGUGAAAACGCUUAAAGAACGUAAAGAAUCUCGAGAUAGGUUGGUUCAGGGAUCGAACCCGGGUCCUAGGGACCAUAAUGGUGAUCAGAGCAGCAGACAAUUGUUGCAUCUCAUGAAAGCUAACGAGGAGGAAGCUGUAGUAGAUACCUUUGAGGUGGAAAUGAAAGAGAAAGAAGAGUCUUCAGAACUUCAAGAACUUGUGGGCUUGAAGUCUUCUCUGAUUAAGAGCUGUCAGUACGGCAAAGGAGGGUUUGGAGAGAAACAGAAUGGUUGGGAGGAGGAGAGGAAGAUGAAGAGGACAAUGUCGAAUGCGAGUAGUAUUGUGGGACGUGUGAAUUACAGAGUUGAGCUGUUUGAAGCUUGGCGGUGAAUAAAAGAUUUACAUUUAUUGAUGGUUUUUGAUCCAACUUUUGAGUUUUUAUUGGUUGAUUUUGAUAUUGUGAGGAUGAAUGGGAUGCUUUUGAUGCUGACGGUUGCUUGUGUAUCAAGAAACGCUACAUUUCUGCAUAUAAUGUCAAAGUUUUUUUAUUUGCUA